AUGGAGGUCAUGAAAAGUCAUUUGUGUGGGGGAAUUGUUGAGAGCUAUACUAGGUGGGUAUAUCAUGGUGAAAGGUUUGAGGAUUCUGAUGAUAAUGAAAAUGAUAACAUAGUUUUAGAUGAAGAAAAUAGUGAGUCAGAUGAUAUUCAAGAAAUGUUAAAUGACGUUGGUACUGCAAACUUUGGUGAGAAUUGGAGAAAUUCGGGGGAACAUAAUAGGGAUAUUCCAAAUAAGCAAGAGGGGGAAGCAAGUCCUAAGUGCAUAGGAAAUGAUAUGGAUAUAUUUUUUAGGCCUCUAAUUGAUGAGUUGAAAGAGUUUUUUGACACUGGCUUUGAGACUUAUGAUGCAGCCAUGGGAGAAAAAUUUAUGUUACGGGCUGCUCUAUUGUGGACUAUAAGUGAUUUUUCAGCAUAUGCCUAUUUGUCAGGGUGGAGUACGAAAGGUUAUAAGGCCUGUCCUGUUUGUUUAGAUGAGACAACUAGUGUAUAUCUGAGAAAUGGAUUAAAAUAUUGCUAUAUGGGGCACAGGCGAUUUUUGCCAGCGGACCAUAAAUGGCGUCGAGAAAGAAAGCCAUUUGAUGGCAAGAGAGAUCUUAGACAGCCUGUUAGAACUUUAUCCGGUGAAGAAAUCUUGCAACAACUUCAAGAGUUUGAUCAAAUAGAGUUUGGCAAGGCACCUGAAUUGCUUAAAGAGAAGAGAAGAAAAUGCAUGCAAAAUCAGUCAAAUUGGUUGAAGAAAAGCAUUUUUUUUGAGCUGCCAUAUUGGAGUACUAACAAAAUUAGACACAACUUGGACAUUAUGCAUAUCGUGAAGAAUGUGUGUGAAAUUUUGUUAGGUACAGUGAUGGGUACAGGUCAGAAAAAUAGGGACACUUGGCAAGCUAGAGAGGAUUUGAAGGAAAUGAGAUUGAGGGAAGAAUUGCAUCUUCAAACUCAAGGGGAUUCAAAGGUGAUGCCCACUGCAUGCUACACUCUUUCACGCAGCGAAAAACAAAAACUAUGCCAGUUUGUGAGCUCACUCAAGUUCCCUGAUGGAUUUGCCUCAAACAUAUCUCAUUGUGUUAAGCCAAAAGAGUGCCAAAUUUCAGGGAUGAAGAGUCAUGAUUAUCAUGUAUUCUUGCAACGUCUACUUCCGUUAGCAAUUAAAGGCAUGCUGCCAAAGGAUGUUUCCCAAACUUUGGUAGAACUAAGCAAUUUUUUUAGGAAAAUUUGUUCCAGGACACUUUACGUAGAUGAGUUAGAUGCACAGGAGAAAAACAUUGUUGUAAUACUCUGCAAACUUGAAAAAAUUUUCCCUCCAAAUUUCUUCGAUGUAAUGGUCCAUUUACCUGCUGAAGCAAAACUUGCUAGCCCAGCACAAUACCGGUGGAUGUUCCCAUUUGAGAGAAAAAUGGGUCAAUACAAAGGUUAUGUGCACAACAGAGCUCGACCGGAAGGAUGCAUUGUUGAGCGUUACUUGGAUGAUGAAUGUCUAACAUUCAUUUCUAGGUACUUGCACAAUGUUCCUACAAUAUUUAAUGAACCAGAACGAAACACGAAGCGCUUUGAGGCUGCUGGAAAGUUGUCUAUUUUUUCUGGAAUGGCUCGGCGUUUUGGGGCAGCAACAUUUUACUGCUUAAGUGAAUCAAAGUUGAUGAAAAUACAUUUAUUCAUCUUGAAAAAUUGUGAAGAAAUUGAUGAUUACAUAAGGAUGUACAAAGAAUUGCUUCUGCAGCAAAAUGUGUCGAAUGUAGAGCAGAUGCAAGAUUUAGAGUUUCCAAAGUGGUUCGAAGAGCGUGUCACUUACAUGCAUGCACAAGGCAGAUGUUGUGAUGAAUUGUUGUCUUUGGCCAAAGGACUGGAUUUUAGAGUGAUAAAAUAUCCUGGUUGUAAUGUCAAUAGGUUUAGAUUUCAUACCAAAACACGUGAGGUAGACAGAAAAACCCAGAAUAGUGGCAUUAUGGUGAAGGGUGAGCAUGCUGAUGUAGAAAUAAACUUCUAUGGUGCUAUUACAGAUAUCUUAGAGGUUGAAUACUCCUUCACUCAAAGCCGAGUAGUUCUAUUCAAGUGUGACUGGUGGGACUUAAAAAAUAGCUCAUGUCUUAAAAUAGACAAACAGAGUAAUCUAAGCAGCAUCAAUUUGUCAAAAAAAUGGUAUAUAGACCAGCCAUUUGUAUUCGCUUCCCAAGCUGAACAGGUCUUUUACGUAAAGGAUAUGAGGCUUGGAGGUCAUUGGCAUGUUGUCGAGUCGGUCUGUCCACGUUCAUCAUAUGCUGUUCUUGAAAAGGAUGAACAUAAAUCAUGUGAAGAGGAAGAGGCUUACCAAGAAGAUUAUCUUGAAGACCUAAUUGGGGUACAAGAGAAUGUCGAUUUGUCUAACUUGAAAAGAGGUGAUAUGCUAGCUGAUGAAGCUAUAGAAACUGGCAUCCUAAAUUCUGAUUCUUCAGCUAAACGUGCCAGGAAAAUGGAUGAUUUUUUUGUUGAUGAUGAUGAGAUUCAGCAAUUGAGCUCGAGCGAAGAUGAUAGUGAAAAAUUUGUAGAAAGUGAUGACUAUGAGUCUGACUAA